CGGCGGCGGCGGCGGCGGGCAGCAUGGCGGCGGCGGCGGGCGGCGGGGCGCGGCGGGGGCUGCUGAAGCGGAAACCGAACUUCACGCUGCAGGAGAUCGAGAUCCUGAUGAGCGAGGUGCUCCGGUACGAGCCGCUGCUCUUCGGCGCCGCCGCCAGCACCGUGAACGCGUACGAGAAGCAGAAGAUCUGGUGGCGCAUCACCAACAAGAUCAACGCCGCCGGCCGCAACCAGCGCGACAUCGGCGAGGUGAAGAACCGCUGGCGGGGGCUGCGCCGCCGCGCCAACGACAAAAUCACCCGGCACCGGCAGGAGCGGCAGGGCCCCGCCGCCCGCCCCGCCGCGCGCCCCGGCCCCGGCCCCGGCCCCGGCCCCGGCCCCGGUCCGCCCGAGCUCGGCCCCGGGCCCGCUCCCGGUUGGGGCCUGCGCGCCGCCGCCGGCCUCGACCCGCCGCUGGUCACCGUCGAGGUGGUGACGCCGCACGGCGUGAAGGAGGAGCCAGUGAAGGAGGAGCCGGUGGAGGUGAAGACGGAGCCUUUCCACGACCCCGCCGACAGCGUCCCAGCACGGCGGCUGCCCCGCGGCAGCACCCGCCCGCCCGGCGAGGGCUGGAGCCCCCCGCGACCCCCCCAGCCUGACCUCCCCCUGGGCGGCCUGGGCGGGCAGCCGGAGCCGCUGGGCUGUGACUUCCCCAGCAUCAUCUUCGAGCAGGAGCCCGAGCACCUCAGUGACUGCAGCCUGGGCGAGCCGGGGGGGGCCCCGGGCACGGCGGAGGGGACCCCCGAAAGCGCCCGGCUCAGCCCGGCCGAGCAGCGCCUCAUCCAGUGCAACGAGCGGCUGGUGCAGGAGAUGCGGGCCUUCCGCCGGGAGUGCGCCGAGAGCCGCCGCGAGACCGCCGCCGUCCUGCGCAGCAUCGCCCAGGCGCUGGGCGGCCUCAGCGCCAGCCUGGCCCAGAUCCGCGAGCGCUACCUCGGGGGGCCGCCGGCCCCCCAGCCCUGAGCCGGGACGGGCUCCUCCGGCCCCCGCGUCUUUGGUUUCUUUUUUGUCCUCCCACUUCAAUAAAACUCAGCGCUGGCCCCCGG